AUGGAAGGAAGCUGGUUCCACAGGAAAAUAUUUUCCUUCUACCUCCUUCUCAGUCUUCUGCUUCAAGGAAGGGGCGUUACUUUCACCAUCAAGUGCUCAGGGUUUGGCCAGCACGGGGCAGAUCCCACUGCUCUGAAUUCAGUGUUUAAUAGAAAGGCCUUCCGACCGGUCACCAUCAGCGUCCCCACCCGAGUCAACAUCUCCUUCACGAUGUCUGCGAUCCCAGAUGUGGAUGAACAGCUGCACCUCUUGUCAUCCUUCCUGUGGCUGGAAAUGGUUUGGGAUAACCCAUUUAUCAGCUGGAACCCAGAGGAGUGUGAGGGCAUCACGAAGAUGAGUAUGGCAGCCAAGAACCUGUGGCUCCCAGACAUUUUCAUCAUUGAACUCACGGAUGUGGAUAAGACCCCAAAAGGCCUUACAGCAUAUGUAAGUAAUGAAGGUCGCAUCAGGUAUAAGAAACCCAUGAAGGUGGACAGUAUCUGUAACCUGGACAUCAUCUACUUCCCCUUUGACCAGCAGAACUGCACACUCACCUUCAGCUCAUUCCUCUAUACAGUGGACAGCAUGUUGCUGGACAUGGAGAAAGAAGUGUGGGAAAUAACAGACACAUCCUGGGACAUCCUUCAGGCCCAUGGAGAAUGGGAGCUCCUGGGCAUCAACAAGGCCACUGCAAAGCUGUCCAAGGGAGGCAACCUGUAUGAUCAGAUUGUGUUCUUUUUUUUUUUUUUUUUUUUUUGAGACGGAGUGGCCAUCAGGUGCAGGCCCAGCCUCUAUGUCAUAAACCUUCUCAUGCCCAGUGGCUUUCUGGCUGCCAUCGAUGCCCUCAGCUUCUUGCCAGUGAAAAGUGGGAAACGUGUCCCAUUCAAGAUAAUGCUCCUGCCGGAGUACAACAUCUUCCUGCUUAUGAUGAAUGACUUGCUCCCCACCAGUGGCACCCCCCUCAUCGGGGUCUACUUCGCCCUGUGCCUCUCCCUGAUAGUGGGCAGCCUGCUGGACACCAUCUUCAUCACCCACCUGCUGCACGUGGCCACCACCCAUCCCCCACCCCUGCCUCGGUGGCUCCACUCCCUGCUGCUCCACUGCACCAGCCCAGGGAGAUGCUGUCCCACUGCACCCCAGAAGGGAAAUAAGGGCCUGGGUCUCACCCCCACCCACCUGCCUGGUGUGAAGGAGCCAUAGGUAUCAGCAGGGCAGAUGCCAGGCCCUGGGAAGGCAGAGCUGACAAGGGGCUCAGAAUGGACAAGGGCCCAGUGGGAACAUGAGGCCCAGAAGCAGCACUCGGUGGAGCUGUGGGUGCAGUUCAGUCACGCGAUGGACGCCCUGCUCUUCCGCCUCUACCUGCCCUUCAUGGCCUCCUCCAUCCUCACUGUCAUAUGCCUCUGGAACACCUAG